UGGAUUUCAGAUGCGUUUAUGAAUUUAUGCGAAUUGAGACUGCUACAUUUCACGAGGUAAUCGAAAUUUCCGGAUAUCAUGUGCAACGCGACUCGAUUUAAGAAGAAAGAAAAUUCAUGGAGUAUUGGAUUUCAAGCUCCCUUUGGUGUGUUUGUUUGGGUGGUAUUUAAUUAGUUAAGCUGUGACUUGUGAUGAAAUAAAAUGCAUCCUGAUUAUUCAGAUGCAUGACCUAAAAUACUACAUGGUACCAGCAGGGGCUAUUACAUACAACUGAUUUAAAAAUAUCAUUUUCUUCAUCAUGAGAAUUUGGUUAGAUUCUUUCUCAAAGACAUGUGUUCCGAGGAGUGGGAUUUUACUGAUGUCACUUGUGCACGUGGUGCUUUCCACUGUGUCCAACGAAACUGCAGUCACGUGCAAAAGAUGGCCGAAUGUUGAGGUGACUUCCGGGUCGACAUGGACGGAGCGCUGUCGGCGAUGUCGGUGCAAGAGUGAUGGACAGACGGAGUGUGUGCAGCCAAAGUGUCCGCUUGCCUACCACCCUUACCAAGAAGACAGGUGUAUAAAGUGGUCACCCGAUUCCUGUUGUUGUGAGAAGCUUGUUUGUCGACUUAACGGCCGAACGUACAACAUUGGUGACAAGUUCCCGCUCAACGAGGAUGACCCAUGCAUGUUGUGCACGUGCAAGGCAGACCCUGGAGUCACGAAGUGUGAGAAGAUGGAGUGUUUCGCGGUUGGUUGCGUGAAUCCGGCUUUUAUGGCCGGGCGUUGCUGCCAUCUGUGUCCAACUGGGCUAAAUUGCCGACUACCUCCCUUGGAUUGGCCGGUGAAUGGGAAGGUGGAUACAACCGAGCCCGUCCCCUUCAAUACAACUAGAAUAAUAUUCAGUGAAGCAAACCCGCGAUAUGCUUGGAGCUGUACGUGUAAGACGCCUGGUUCCGAUGCGGAAUGUUCCCGUCAAGCUAGAUUGUCUCAUAUGAGGUUCUGGCACUACGGACACCCGUGAACUACUGCUGCAAAACUGAAUUUAG